GGCGAGCAGGAGUUCUACACAGUGAGCGCGAACUCCAUCGGCGCGUUCGACUGGGUGCUGAAUCACAUCAGGUGCACCAGCAGCGCGCCACUGGCAAUGGCACAGGAGUUGCAGGCUAGCCCGCGCGCCGUCUCCUGCUUUGUCAAGCGCGUGCAGAAGGCUUGCUGGCGCAUGGGCGUAGCACCAAGCGUCAAGACCACGGGCGGAUGGAGUGCGGGGGUGGUCCUCGUUACCGUGCCGUCCGUCGGGAUCGCGUGCAGCCGAGGCCUGGGCCAGUGUGGCAUCCCACCUCCAGAAUCCAAAGGCCGCGUGGCGAUUGGGGCGAUCGCGGCCAUAGACAGGCAGGGCAUCGCCGCCGGCUCCGUGCACCUCUGGGUCAGCGAGGGCAAGGCGGACAGGAACAAGGCCAUCCUGAGGAACUUCACCGCGGCGGCGCAAGCUGCGGGCCGUGGGUGGAUCCUGGGGGGCGACUUCAACAUGGGCCCGCUGAGCUCGAAUACUCAGGGGGUCACUUUGCACAGAGACUACUACAUCAUCUCGAAGGCGCUGUCCGACAGUGCCAUCGCAGCCAACGUGCAGGACCAGUGCAACGUGGCGCCGCGUGCGCCCGUCCAUCUCAGAGUGCCAGGGCAGCUGGCGCCAAAGUGGAUGCGAGUAUCGAGGCGGCUAAAGCGGUGGCCACUGGAGCUACCGACAAGAUGCUCGUCUGGGCGGACAGCGUGGCCGCGGCUUCUCCAGGCGGGGCAGUGCGAGCAGCAGAGCAUGGGUGACUACUGGGGCCGGCUAGCGACGUCCUGCGAGGACCACCUCAACAGGUGCCACAACUUCGUCGGCACCGAGCUCUACGAACGGAAAG